AUGAAAAGUGCGACGCCCAAUUAUUUGUAUCACAUACAAUGGGCGAUAAGUCAUAGAAAAAAGUCAUUGUCAAGACUCCAUGAUUUCUGUUUUGACUUCCUGGAUUUGCAUAUGUACACGCUACAUCACAUACACAUACAAAUAAUCAAACAAGCAAUGCAAUGCACAAAUCUUCAUCUUCUUAUUGCUGUUGUUAUUAUCAGUAGUGAUACUGCGAGUGCGUGUGAUCCAGCCUCGACGUCAAAAUUGUCGUGCAAAGGAACCGGACGAAUCUAUGUGAUUCCAGAUGAAUGUAUGGACGAUGGUGGUGUUGACAGUGCAGGAGAUUCGCUCGAAAUCUAUUGCGUUUGCAAUCAAGCUCGUUUUUGCCUUUCGGAUGAAGCAUGUCCAUGGCGAAAUGGAACGGCAAAUGCAGUCGAUAACGGGCGCACGUGUUCUCGCGCUGGUCUCACAUCAUCCUACAUGGCGAAUGCUUGGUGCAAGCAAUGGAAUAAUCAUACAGCCUAUAAUUGCUGUUAUGAUGGCUUUAUUGGAUUUUAA